AUGGGGGGAAAAACCACACAAUUGUUCCCAGUGUGGAAAGCUUUUUCCCAUUUAGGGAACCUGAACAAACAUAAGCGAAUACACUCUGGAGAGAAGCCUUACCCCUGUUCCCAUUGUGGAAAGAAUUUUAGGUCUUCAGAUAACCUGAAAGCGCAUGAGAGGACACACACAGGGGAAAAACCUUACCAUUGCUCCCUUUGUGGAAAGGAUUUUACCAAGUUAAGGAACCUAAAAGAGCAUGAGAGGAAACACACAGGAGAAAAGCCUUACGAAUGCUCCCAGUGUGGAAAGAGUUUUUCUCAUAUAGGGAACCUGAACAAACAUAAGAGAGUACACUCUGGAGAGAAGCCUUACCCCUGUUCCCAUUGUGGAAAGAAUUUUAGGUCUUCCGAUAACCUGAAAGCGCAUGAAAGGACACACACAGGGGAAAAACCUUACCAUUGUGCCCUGUGUGGAAAGGAUUUUACCAAGUUAGGGAACCUAAAAGAGCACGAGAGGAAACACACAGGAGAAAAGCCUUACCACUGCUCCCAGUGUGGAGAGAGAUUUUCAAGGUCACUAUACCUUAAAACACACGAGAGGACACAUACAGGAGAAAAGCCUUACCACUGCUCCAAUUGUGGAAAGAGAUUUUCAACAUCAUCGGACCUAAAAAAGCACCAGAGGACACACACAAGGGAGAAAUCUUACCAUUGCUCUCAAUGUGGAAAUAGUUUCUUACGAUCACAUGACCUAAAAUCGCAUGAGCUGACACACACAGGGGAAAAACCACAUAGUUGCUCCCAGUGUGGAAAGUGUUUUUUGUAUUUAGGGAACCUGAACAAACAUAAGAAAAUACACUCUGGAGAGAAGCCUUACCCCUGUUCCCAUUGUGGAAAAUUCUUUAGGUCAUUAGAUAACAUGAAGGAGCAUGAGAGGACACACACGGGGGAGAAGCUUUACCAUUGCGCCCUGUGUGGAAAGAGAUAUUCACGAUCACAUGACCUAAAAUUACAUAAAAGGAAACACACAGUGGAAGAAAAUGCACAAUUGGUCCCAGUGAGGAAAGAAUCUAACGCAGUUAGAGAACCUCUUCCCAGUGAGGAAAUACAUUGUCCCGGUCACAUGACCUAAAAUCACAUCAAACCAAACUAUAUUUAUACAGCACCUUUCAGACAUGGAAUGCAACACAAUGGGCUUCACAGGAAGAAAAUGAUGGGGGGAAAAAACUGAAAUAUUUACGACUCAACAAACAUAAGAUUUUUUUUUUUUAACUAAACAUUAACAAUAAAAACGGCACAACUAAAAAGCACCCUGAGGAAAAGAAAAGCUAAAAAUGUAUUUUAAAAUCUCUUUUAGAAAUGUCCACAGUUUCAGCUCCACUCAGGUUCUCUGACAGACUAUACUAUACUAUUCCAGAGUCUGGGGGCAUAGUAACUAACAUUUACAUUUAAGUCAUUUAGCAGACGCUCUUAUCCAGAGCGACUUACAAAUAGCUGGGGGCAUAGUAACUAAAGGCUGCCUCUCCAUGCCUCUUGAUCCCCCUCAGGUUCUCUGACAGACUAUACUAUACUAUUCCAGAGGCUGGGGGCAUAGUAACUAAAGGCUGCCUCUCCAUGCCUCUUGGUCCCCCUCGGGUUCUCUGACAGACUAUACUAUACUAUUCCAGAGGCUGGGGGCAUAGUAACUAAAGGCUUCCUCUCCAUGCCUCUUGGUCCCCCUCAGGUUCUCUGACAGACUAUACUAUACUAUUCCAGAGGCUGGGGGCAUAGUAACUAAGGACUGGGGGCAUAGUGACUAAAGGCUGCCUCUCCAUGCCUCUUGAUCCCCCUCAGGUUCUCUGACAGACUAUACUAUACUAUUCCAGAGGCUGGGGGCAUAGUAACUAAAGGCUGCCUCUCCAUGCCUCUUGGUCCCCCUCAGGUUCUCUGACAGACUAUACUAUACUAUUCCAGAGGCUGGGGGCAUAGUAACUAAAGACUAGGGGCAUAGUAACUAAAGGCUGCCUCUCCAUGCCUCUUGAUCCCCCGCAGGUUCUCUGACAGACUAUACUAUACUAUUCCAGAGGCUGGGGGCAUAGUAACUAAAGGCUGCCUCUCCAUGCCUCUUGGUCCCCCUCAGGUUCUCUGACAGACUAUACUAUACUAUUCCAGAGGCUGGGGGCAUAGUAACUAAAGGCUGCCUCUCCAUGCCUCUUGGUCCCCCUCAGGUUCUCUGGCUGGCUAGUCCAGAGUCUGGGGGCAUAGUAACUAAAGGCUGCCUCUCCAUGCCUCUUGGUCCCCCUCAGGUUCUCUGACAGACUAUACUAUACUAUUCCAGAGGCUGGGGGUAUAGUAACUAAAGACUGGGGGCAUAGUAACUAAAGACUGCCUCUCCAUGCCUCCUGGUCCCCCUCAGGUUCUCUGACAGACUAUACUAUACUAUUCCAGAGGCUGGGGGCAUAGUAACUAAAGGCUGUCGGUCUCUUCAGACAGGAACUGCUUUUUUAUUAUUGAUGACUAUUGAAUGACCUCUGAAGGUACAUUUUAAAGGUAUCCCAAACAAUAAGGGGAUUUGCUGAACCUAUAUUGUACAGGAAAUAUUCAGUUAUAAUGAUUUUGUCUUAGUUAAUAAUAAAUUGUCAUCCAGUAAAUAUUGGUAUUGGAUUAAAAUGUCCAAAACGUACAUUUUAAUAAAUAAUAAAUUGUCUUCCAGUAAACUUUGAUUAAAAUGACCAACAUCCCUGUCCACAUGGAAACUCUAUAAGAAUUAUGUGUCUCCCAAUUAGAGGAUGGGCUGAUCGCAUUCUUUCAGGGGGUUUUAGACUCUAAAUAUCAAUGGGCUGAUCGCAUUCUUUCAGGGGUUUUUAGUCUCUAAAUAUCAAUGGGCUGAUCGCAUUCUUUCAGGGGUUUAUAGUCUCUAAAUAUCAAUGGGCUGAUCGCAUUCUUUCAGGGGUUUUUAGUCUCUAAAUAUCAAUGGGCUGAUCGCAUUCUUUCAGGGGUUUUUUAGUCUCUAAAUAUCAAUGGGCUGAUCGCAUUCUUUCAGGGGUUUUUAGUCUCUAAAUAUCAAUGGGCUGAUCGCAUUCUUUCAGGGGUUUUUAGUCUCUAAAUAUCAAUGGGCUGAUCGCAUUCUUUCAGGGGUUUUUAGUCUCUAAAUAUCAAUGGGCUGAUCGCAUUCUUUCAGGGGUUUUUAGUCUCUAAAUAUCAAUGGGCUGAUCGCAUUCUAUCAGGGGUUUAUAGUCUCUAAAUAUCAAUGGGCUGAUCGCAUUCUUUCAGGGGUUUAUAGUCUCUAAAUAUCAAUGGGCUGAUCGCAUUCUUUCAGGGGUUUAUAGUCUCUAAAUAUCAAUGGGCUGAUCGCAUUCUUUCAGGGGUUUAUAGUCUCUAAAUAUCAAUGGGCUGAUCGCAUUCUUUCAGGGGUUUUUAGUCUCUAAAUAUCAAUGGGCUGAUCGCAUUCUUUCAGGGGUUUUUAGUCUCUAAAUAUCAAUGGGCUGAUCGCAUUCU